CCCGCUCUUUGUUUGGUUUCAUUGCGCUUGCUUGUGAUAUGAACUCUUGAUUCUUUGUUUUUACUCUUUCUGGUGAUUCUUUGCUUGCUUAUUCUUUCUGGAAACCUUGUAUCCGAGAGUUUUGACGGAAAACUAAAGCAAUGGCCGAGGAGGGAAAAAAUGGAGGAACACAAGUGGUGAUUAAUGUCUCCGGCGAAGAAAAUUCAAAAGGGUCUUAUCCAAAAGAAGCAGAGGCAUUGGACCCUAAGUUUAAUUCUCAAGGUUCACACAAUAAAGCAUUGGCUGAAUCUAGCGCUGUUACUGCCGGUCCUACUGCAAACAAGCCACCUAAAACCCCAAUUGCAGGUAAUGAGCUUCUUCUUAGACGAAGGUCAUUUGCUAAACCCAAGUCUAGGUUCGGAGAACAAUCUUAUGUCCCUAAAUCUGAUCAAGAAGACAAUAAUUUAGGUAAUCAAGAACAAGUUGGUGGUAAUUCACCUUAUAGACUCUCCUCCAUCAAUAAGUCCUCCCCUAAUAAUAAGUCGGCUAGAAGUAUUAGGACGGAUUCUGCCAUAUCGAAAACAUUAUCAAUGGCCUCUAGAGGCUCCACUGAGGAAGAUGAAAAUGAGGAGAUAGUUAAGAAAGUUAAACUGCAAAAAGAGAAGCUAAAUGGAGUGAAACCCAAGGUUGUGAUUCAGUGGUUUGUAUUUGUGUUGCUACUCGGCUGCUUAAUAACUAGCUUAACUAUAGGUAAAGAAAAGAACAUCCUCUUAUGGGGUUUGGAAAUUUGGAAGUUGUGUGUACUUGUGGUGGUUAUAUUCUGUGGUUUUUUGGUUACUCGUUGGUUUAUGCUUCUGGUUGUUUUCUUGAUCGAGAUUAACUUUCUGCUUCGGAAAAAAGUGCUGUAUUUUGUUCAUGGUUUGAAGAAGAGUGUUCAGGUGUUUAUUUGGCUUAGCAUAGUUCUUGCUACUUGGGUUCUUCUGUUUCUUGAUGUUGAGAGAUCGAAGACUGCAACAAAAGUUCUCAAUUAUUUAACCUGGACUUUAGUAAGCAUAGUUUUUGGAGCAUUUUUGUGGUUGUUGAAGACUUUGUCGUUAAAGAUAAUGGCUUCGAAUUUCCAUAUGAACAAAUUCUUUGACAGAAUACAAGAAUCCGUCUUCCAUCACUAUGUGCUUAGGACCCUUUCAGGACCACCAUUUAUGGAGAUUGAUGGGAUUCAAAAACAACCAGCUCAGUUGAUUGUUAGCAAUGCAAAAAAGGGUAAGGAACCUAAAACAAAAAGGUUGAUUGACAUGGGGAAGGUCCAUAGGUUGAAGCGAGAAAAAGUUUCGGCUUGGCAUAUGAAGGUGCUAGUAGAUGCUAUCACGAAUUCAGGGCUUUCCACAGUCUCCAACACAUUAGAGGAAUGUGCUUUUGAUGACGGUGGCGAACAAGCAGAUAAUGAAAUUACCAAUGAGGAGGAGGCACAAUAUGUUGCUCAUCAAAUUUUUGCAAAUGUAACCCGACAUGAUAGUGAUCACAAUCGCAGUUACAUUGAUGAGGAUGACCUCUUAAGAUUCAUGAUUAAGGAGGAAGUGGAUCUUGUGUUACCUUUGUUUGAAGGAUCGAGCACUGGUAAAAUUGACAGAAAAAGUUUCACAAACUGGGUGAUAAAAGUUUACCAGGGUCGGAAAACACUAGGAUAUGCUUUGCGUGACACCAAAACAGCAGUAAAGCAGUUGAAUACACUUGUGUCGGCAAUCGUAAUCAUUGCUGCUAUUAUCAUAUGGCUUCUUUUGGUGGAAAUUGCAACCACAAAACUGCUUUUGCUACUUUCAUCGCAGCUUGUAGUGGCAGUUUUUAUGUUUGGAAACACCUGCAAGACUAUAUUUGAAGCUAUCAUAUUCGUGUUUGUGAUGCAUCCAUUCGAUGUCGGCGAUCGUUGUGUGGUUGAUGGUGUUCAGUUGCUGGUCGAGGAGAUGAAUAUUUUAACGACAGUCUUCUUGAAGCUUGAUAAUGAAAAGGUGUACUACCCAAAUUCAGUUUUGGCUACAAAACCCAUCAGCAACUAUUACAGAAGCCCAGAUAUGAGUGAUACGAUAGAGUUCUCGAUUGAUUUUAUGACCCCAGCGAAGACAAUAGGCAGGCUGAAAGAAGAAAUAAAGAAGCAUUUGGAAGCCAAUGCCCUGUGGCAUCCUAACCACCUUGUGGUGGUGAGGGAAAUCGAGAAUGUCAAUAAGUUAAAGAUGGCUCUCUUUUGCAAUCACACGAUGAACUUCCAGGACUUUAGAGAGAAGAACAGGCGUCGAACUGAACUGGUCCUUGAGUUGAAGAGAAUUUUUGAGGAGCUGGGUAUACGAUACAAUCUCCUUCCCCAACAUGUGAAUCUCAACCAAGUCAAUCAAGACAGGCCCGACGCAACAUAUGCAACUACUUGAUCAUAUUAUUGCUUGUAUGAUGAAGAGUGAUUUAUAUCAUAGGGAUGGAAUGGGCUGAUUCUGUUACCGGAGCUUAGGACAAGAGUCGUAAUGAAGCGGUUUAGUUGUUGUAAUCUAACAUUGAUGGAGAGUAUUUUCAGAUUUAAACUUAUUAUUUUGUUUUUAAGAGUUGAGA